CGCAGAGCUGACCAAUCACACCCGACCUUGGUCUCGCCAGGCGCAGGUCUCGCGAUGCUCAGCGUGGGAGAUUCUUAGAUUCAAACUUUGUGAAGCGCUAAACUGAGGCUAAGGACGAAGUUUCAAAUGUAUUUUGUUGAUCUGCUUUAAAAACUGCCGAAUUUGAGUGUAACCAAGAGAACGACUCGAGAUGUCCGGAGCACUGGAGUCCGCGGAGGAGGAGAUUCAGAGGUUGAGGAGCCGGCUGAAGGAGAGCGAGGAACAGGUCCAGCAGGCGGCUCACGCGGGCCUGGACCUUCUGAACCAGCAGGUGGAGCUGCAGACCCAACUGGAAGAGCAGAGGGUGGAGAUGACCAACACUAUAGAGAUACUGGAGCAAGACAAGUUUUCUCUUAAGAGGGAGGUAGAGCUGAGGGUUCGAAUGCUCGAAUCGCUCAAGUCUGAAUACGACUCUUCAAACGACCAGCUCACCCAACACCUUCACCAUCAAGAAGAACAUUUAACACAGGCUCAUAACACGGAGGUCCACGUUCUGAAAAAUCAGAUCAUAAACCUGCAGGCUGAUCUAGGAGAAGCUCAGUUAAAAGAGAAACAACUGAAACAUAAACUGGAGGUCAUGACGGAAACCCUCAACCUCAAGCUGGACGAGCUACGGUCCCUGAACGAGCAGAAGCUGGACACCAUCUCCUCUGAGCUCACGGAGAUGCAUCUGAGCAGACUGGAGCUGCAGAGCAUAAAGGCCGAACUGGCCUUGUCGCUACAGGAAGCCCAGUACAAAGAGCAGCAGCUGGACCUCACCAACGGGAGUCUGAAGCGUCAGCUCCUGCAGAUCAAAGAGGAGAAGGAAGAGAGGGAGAAGGAGGCUGUUUCCUGGUUCAACGCACUGGGGAAAUCCCGUCAGGUUAACCUGGAGCUGCAGGUACAGUUGGACCAGGCACAGCAGCAGGCCCAAGACCCCAACAGCAAAGGAAAUUCACUGUUCGCUGAAUUGGAGGACAAACGUGCUGAGAUGGAGAAGCGACUGAUCAGUAUGAAGAUCCAGCAUCAGUCUCUGCAGAAACAGCACGGCUUCAGCAAACAACAGCUACACCGCAUGAAGGUCCAGAUAGCCACCCUGAUGCAGCUGCAGGGCACAAGAGCUGACCCAGCCCAGCUAGAGAGACUCCAGUCCAUGCUCACUGAGAAGAAUGAGGAGAUCCAUAAUCUGGUCAUUAAACUCCAGAGACUGGAGAAAUCCGAGAUGCUGUUAAAGUCUCAGCCAUCUGUGCCUUCCCGGUCAGACGUGGAUAUCCAAGAUGAGACCUACUAUACCGACCUUCUCAAAUUGAAGCUCAACAAUUCUGUCAGAGACGCAGAACGGCUGGGAGAUGAGCUUUCCCUCCAACGGAUGAAGUCUUUGUCAGAGAGUCAAAGAGCUCUUGAAUUGGAGAGAAAAUUAUAUUCAUCAGAACAGCUGCUGAAGCAGGCUCGGAGUGACAAAAUUAAACUGCAGUUAUGUGUGGAGGAGCUGCGAUACAAAUAUGAGCCUAAUGAAUGUAAUAAAAAUAAUACCCAGAGGCGAAAGCGGGAAAAGCUUCCUGUUGGAGUUAUCAAGAAUGAGCCAAACGAGCAUUCAAACUAUGACAAGACGGCUAAACUAGAGCCUCCUCCCACCCUCAGUGGGGAGAACCAACACGUGGCCAUUCUCCGGCAGAUAGACAUGCAGCCUACAGAAGAUCGAAAGUCAGAGGCCCCCCCAGCCAAGUGUGCAAGGAUCUGUGACAUGCCUCCAGUUGAGAUUCCCAACACUCCAAGUUCCCCAAUGAUGGCAGAGAAAGAGGAGAAGAAAAUCCAAAAAGAUGAGGGAGAUUUGUUUUCCAGAGAGGUUGAUAGGGACGAAGACGGAAGAAAGAAGAACUCAGUAGAAAUAAUCCAUGUUCGCUCAAAGAACUGCCCGGAAGACCAGUGUUCCCAGCAGUAGAACUGAAACCCUUUCACACUUGUGUGUUCCAAACUUUUCCAUCUGUCUUUUUCUUAUUAUGUUAUAGAAACUACUCUCCUUUCUUUUUUAUUUUAUUUUUUAAAUUUUUUAAAUUGGGUUCCUUGUGCAAUAUGUGUGUUUUUUCUUCUCUAUUAAAAUUGUAUUUUAAACCUGGCUCAGAUUAAGCCUAACCUUAUGUGACUGAUUACCUUGAUAGGAUAUGUUUCUAUCACACAAGCUUUAAUACUAUUUCUCUGUUACAUUCCUACCAAAGGGACCUUAUAGUAUUGGAGUUUAUUACUCUUUACUUUUCAGCUGAUGCUGAGAUUAACGUUGGAUAAUCUUAUAUAAACCGUUUACAGACAUGUUGUUGGAGCCAUUUUGAUAUUUAUGUUGCAAAUUAAGUGAUUAAGAUUGAUAACACUGUUGAAAUAAUUAUAGUAUUUAAGUUUAUGAAAUAUGGUUUAAUAGUAUGGUGAAUUAUGGUUUAAAAAUAACGUAAUUCUAUGUGUGAAAACUGAUUGAUUGCCGCAAUCUGUCUGGCCAAUGGAGUGUGACGUCGGAUGUUCUGACUUGAUAUUCUAGCUGUGUUCGAAAUCGUUCCCUAUCAUGGAUGUAGUGCACUAAAUAGGGUGCACGCCAUUUUGUAGGGUGUUCGAAAUCUCAGUGGUCCACUAUAUAGGGCACUAUAUAGUGGACUUAAAAUAGGGUACAUACGAUGUUCCCUAUGUUACUCCUGUAUACCACAAUGCAAUGCGGCUGUGUUUUUCCGGAGGAGAAGAAGAAGCUGAAUAACCGCGAAAACUAAUACAUUUAAUGAUGGAGUCUCCGGCUUUCGUUUAGAAAUGUCUACAAUUUAUUUGGGAUUUAACAUAGAAUAUUUAACAUUCAACAUCAAUACAACCUCCAGCUUUCCUCGUGAGUGCCUGGUAUGUUUACAUGAUGUGGGCGCAUCUGUCUGCGUCACACAAAUACCCGGCGCAUUUACUGACGCAAAUGACGUUUAGAAAUGUUCAGCGUAGUGUCUGAAUUCUCGUUCCCUAUUCCCUAUAUGGUGCACUAAAUCAUAUACACUAUAUAGGGAAUAGGGAACGAGUGUAUAGGGACGAUUUCGAACACAGCUAUUGAUGGGUUACCUAUGACCAGGUGGGGCGGAAGUGGUAAACAAUUUUUCAACCGCGUGAAUGCGAUAGGGACAUCCAUGUUUGUAUUAUUGACUAAGAAGGAACAAAUAAAUAGAUCUA